CCGCUCCGAGCCGAACCCAUCCAGCCAGCAGAAAAUGUGUUGCAGGCCAAGGCAACACACAAGGCAGACGAAACGGAAAAGACACAGCGCAACCGAGCUCGUGUGCAGAGCGUGUGUGCCUGUGUUUGUGUGUGUGUUCGUACGUUGUGUAGCCAAGGGUGGGUAUAGAUAGGCCGCCAUUCGUAAAGGGAAAGCUGCUAAUUUUCCUGCCGCCCAGCAGUACAACAACCGGAGUCGGACGCAGCAAAAACAAUCGAUUUCAACUCCGGUCCCAGUUCCGAGUGUGUGUGUGUGUAUGUGUUUGUACGUGCGUGUGCCUGUGCAUGUGUGCUGUAAAACAGUGGUAGAGUUCCAGUUUUGAGCAAAACCACCAGUGCCACCGUCUCCUACGCCAAGACACUGCCGUGCCUGUCCCGUGCUUGUUACCGUUGUCCGUCUGAGAAAGGAAAUCCCUCGCAGUGAGUCCGUUUGUGUGUGUGCCAAACAAAAAAAAAAACAAAAAACAAGCGCGCUCUUCCACCAUUUGGAGCAUUCGUGUGCCGCAAACCGAAACAAACAACUCGACGACGUGUCACAAUCAACCGUCUCUCAAACCGAUCAAAAAUUCAGCGAAAGAAAUCUUCCGCCGCAGCACGGCUGGCUCCGCUGGUGGCACGGUGGUACCAUGUGAGGAGAUGUGCAUUGCCAGCACCGCCAGAGCAGUCCACUCGAACGCGACCAGCUGCAGCUUGCACGGGGUUGCGCCACCGCUAGGUUAAUCUGUUUCGUACUUGCUGUAGUAAUCCCUUUUUACUACUGCGACCGAUUGCGAAAAGAAGAAUUUCCCCUUGUUGUGUGGGUGUGUGUGUGUGUGUGUCUACAAUCAAUCGUUUUCCCGUGAUAUAUCGGCCAGCAGUAAAUGGGUGCGCGCGAUGCUGAAGAUACAGAUCCAUCAUCAACUGGCUAUGCUUAGCCGCUCACUGUUGAGGCAGUAAAGGAAACGUGCAAUUUGCACCCACUACUACUAUUACUACAACUGCUACUACUACUACAACUGCUGCUGCAGCAUCACAUUUCCACUGCACACGAGUGCAUGCUGUUGUAACUAAUAUUAAGUCAAUUCGAAAUACGAACCGUGCACGCGUUUGCACCAACGGGAACCACCUUUACGCCGGCCCGGAAAAAAACACCAAUGGUGUUGCUAGCUGCGCCAGUGACACAUUGAACACAACGGCGGCGUUGCAAGCAGCAAAGCAGCAGCAGCAACACCUAAACCCCGGCCCGCACCGACCGAUUAGCGCCUGACGACUGGUUGCAGUCCCUCCCAAGGCGGCAAGAUGAAGCAAAUCAACGUAUCGGUGGUGGGUCUGUCGGGCGUGGAAAAGGACAAGGGCCAGCUCGGGGUCGGCAAAUCCUGUCUGUGCAAUCGGUUCGUGCGCCCCAAAACAGACGACUACGCGAUCGAUCACAUUUCGGUGCUGAGUCAGUCUGAUUUUAGCGGCCGGGUGGUGAACAAUGACCACUUCCUGUACUGGGGCGAGGUGCGCAAAACGUCCGAGGAGGGCGUGGACUACAACUUUAGCGUGAUCGAGCAGACCGAGUUCGUGGACGAUGCCACCUUCCAGCCGUUCAAGGUCGGCAAGAUGGAGCCGUACAUCAAGCGGUGCGCCGCGAUCCGCAUGUCGUCGCAGGAGAAGCUGAAGUACAUCUGCAAGAACCAGCUCGGCAUCGAGCACGAGUACGAGGAGAUCGUCCUGCCCGAGGGCCGCUUCCUCGUCGACGGGUUCGUGUGCGUGUUCGACGUGAGCGUCGUGCCGAACCGGACGGUCGAGAAGCAGGUCGAGUUCGUGACGCAGAUCAUCAACAACAUCCUGAAGGUGAAGAAGCCGGUCGUGCUCGUCACGACCAAGAACGACGACGCGAACGAGCUGUACGUGCGCGAGGCGGAGAAGAUCUGCUCGCGCAAAGAGUACAAGGGCCAGAUACUGCUGAUCGAGACGUCCGCCCACGAGAGCAUCAACAUCGAUCUCGCGUUCGUCGUGCUGGCGCAGAUGAUCGACAAGGCGAAGCAGCGGUCGAAGGUGCCGUCGUACGCGGAGGCGGCGAAGCAGCGGAACGAUCUGCUGAACGCGAGCACCGAGUACGUGACGCGCCUGAUCCGGACGCAGAUCACGGACCACCGGUCGAUCUGGAGCAGCUCGUCGAAGAAGCUGUCGAACCACCGGGAGUGGAUCGACUUUCUCGAGCUGUUCGGGCAGGAGGCGGGCCAGCGCAUCUUCCGCCGGCACAUCAAGAAGCUGCGUGAGGACUACCAGUCGAAGAAGCUGCAGAGCUACAUGGACUCGUUCGCGUGCGUGCUGCAGGAGAUGCUGCCCGACAUCAACAGCAUCAACCUCGAGCUGGACAGCUUCAACGACUGGACCUCGAUACGGAGCUACUUUCGCGACCACAUCGACUACGAGCAGUACUUUUUCGACGCGAUCGAGCGCGGCGGCAGCUGGGCGGAGCUGAGCGACAUGAGCGACAUGGAGGACGAGAACCGGAUACCGUUCGACAUACUCGACACGCCCGAGGCGGAAACCGUGUUCAAGAAUCACAUGAACGCGCUGCAGCAGGAGCAGAAGCGAUUAGAGAUGCCAAAGAGAUGGAAAAAGCAGUUCAAAAAGCUGCUGGAAGAAACCGGCUACGUUACGCCGGGCAAGCAGCUGUCCGAGGUGCGCGUCCUGUUUAUGGGGCGCGAGUGCUUCGAAGCGCUGUCCGAGCACGACUGCCAGCAGAUCUACGACAACCACCAGCGGGAGCUGGUCGAGACCGCUAAGCACAACUUCCAGGAGCUGCUGAUGGAGCAUGCCGAUCUGUUCUAUCACUUCAAAAACAUCGAACCGUCCGGUACGAUCACGCAGAACGACAUCAAGGAGAUAACGGACGUGCUGCAGGAGGACCUGCGGUACAAGCUGCUCGACCGGCUCGACCAGGACCGGAAGGUGAUGCUGUUUCAGCAUCUCGGCUUCGUGCACUGUCCGAUCCGGGAGCACUGCCCGGCGUUUCCCAACUGCAUGGAUGCGCUGAUCGAGCGGAUACUGAUCUCGAACCAAAACCUACCGAAUCCACGGUUCGCGCAGAAGGAUGGCCAGCUGCAGCUGAACCUAAUCGUGAUCGGGCUGGACUACAUCGCAAACGAUUUCAUCGACAAGAUACACCAGAACUGCAACGACAACGGCGAGUACAUCGUGGACGGGCAGGUGUACGGGCUGAACAUCGAGACGAUCAACCGCGACAACGACUCGUUCUCGUUCGAGCUGCAGUGCAAAGGGCUGAUCUGCUGCUACUCGAACCGGCAAACGUUCCAGUACGUGUACGAGGUGCUCGACCGACUGCUGGUGGACAAUCUCGACUUCAAGGACAGCGUCAACAACCUGCACAUCGUGUUCAUGAGCGACGAGAAGAACAGCCAGAGCACUCUGCACCAGCUGCAGGCGGACGGCCAGUCGCUGGCGGAGAAGCUGCACUGCGUCUUCAUCGACGAGAACGAGUUCUACAUCUCCCAGCAGCAGACGAAGUUCAUCAACACGACGCUGAACAGCGUGAUCGACUCGAUCCCGUUCGAGGAUCUGAAGUACGGCCUCGCCCUGCACGAGCUGCCCGACCUGCGCAUCAUCAUGUCGAUUUUCUGCGGCGACCCGUUCUCGAUCGAGAACAUACUCAGCUCGAUGAUGCUGGAGCAGUCGUGCAUCAGUGCGGGCGAGCGCAACAUCAUCUUCGAGAUGUUUCUCGGCGACUCGAAGCGGCGGGUCGAGCUGAUCCUCUCCUCCUACCACGGCGCGAACGCGUUCCGGGACGAUCUGAUCCACGGCUUCAUACUGCUGUACUCGAGCAAGCGCAAGGCCUCGCUGUCGACGCUGAGCGCGUUCUCGCUCAACAUUCCCAACCUGCCGAUGCAGAUCGUGGCCGUGUCGGAGCAGGGCGGCGUCAAUGCGUUCUUCAACAACGAGCUGUCCCAGCUGCUCAUCACCGAGGGCAACGGGAUCGCGGACAAGCUGCGGGCCCACUUCGCCACCGGCUCGGACGACGAGGGCCAGCUGAAGUUCGCCUCGUUCGCGCCGUUCCUGAAGGAGGUGUGGGACAAGAAGCCGGAGAUCGAACACGCGUUCAACCUGGAGGAGCCGCUGACGAUCGAUUCGGGCGAGGGCACGAUGGAACACUCGAUGCACCAUCACCACCAGCAGCAGGUGCCGCAGCCACCGCCCCGGUACGAAAGCUACCUCAUCAACGGGUCGGCCACCACGUACCGCGGUGGGAUCGGAGGCCAGCCGCCGCACCACGGGCACCAUGGGUCACAGGCGCAGCAGCAAACGCUCGCCCAUCCGCCGCAGCACGGUGGCCAGCAGCAUCACCAGAAGCUGUCGCAGCAGCUGUUCGACAACCGCUCGAUCAACUCGCUGGACGAUCUCGACAGCCUGAAGCAACAGGCGCAGCAGGCCCAGCAGCUCCACCAACAGCAGCCGCACCAGCACAGCAGCAUGUACUACUACGAGGACAGCAGCGACUUCGACAAGGGCGGCAGCAAUCAGGGCUUCCAGAUCUAUCCGCCGCCCACGACGCCGCCGGAACCGGCCCCGCCGGACCAUCUGCUCAUACCGGCGUCGAUACUGCGGCAGCUGAAGGCCGACACGGUGUCCCAGUCGCAGUCGAGCCUGGAGGAGAUUAACUCUGACGUCAGCGGAUCCAAGGACUCGAUCAACACUUACGACUCAGGCUGGAUAGACGACGGGUUUCUCAUCCAGAAGCAGGACAACAAGCAGAGCGAAGAUCUCUGGAAGAACAUGAACGCACACCACGCGUUCACGACCGGCCGCCGGCCGAACCAGUCGUCGUUCGCGAAAAAGAUACGCCCGAAGGGACCUAGUCAGACGCUGAAGCAGCCGGGCAAGCUGAACCUGAAAAGCUUCGCCAUCGUGAACGAAGCGAUCGCCCGCAUGAAUAUUGGUGGUGGCGGCGGGGGAGGAGCUGGCGGCGAUGGGGGCGCCUCGGGCGCGAACGCCGGCCUGGUACCGAUGACGGAGAAGGAGCGCAAGAAGGCAAAGAAGCUGCUGCAGCAGCAGCAGGCCCAGCUCGAGCAUGCGCCGCUGGCCGCACCGGAGGACGACAGCGAGGAGUACGAGGACGAGGCGGGCUACGAGCAGAUCAAUGACGCGUUCAGCGAUGCGGUCAACAAUGUGGCGAGUCAAUUAUUUACCACCUUUUCCGGCGGCCCCGGCGCCAACCAUGGUGGGCGCGGUGGGGGUGGUGGCGGCGGUGGAGCGGACAGUUCGGGCGGUUCCGAGAUGGGGACGCACAAAACCAAACUGCGACAGAGAAGGGAAAAGGAACAGAUCUUCAACAUACAAGAAAACUCCGACUCGGAAAGUGAUUCGAGCUCGCUGGAGCGCAAACGCUCCAACGAUGGCUACUCGAAGAUCAACCGCAAAGCGCAACCGCACAAACGGCAUCGCAAAAAACGCACCGCCAUCCCGGUGCAGCCGCCCAAGAUCCCGCUCGGCCCGUUCGGCUCGUCCGCGGGCGAUAUGAUGGGCGGGGUCGGGGCGAGCGGCGGUCCACUCGGCGGCAUGCCCAUCAUGUACCAGAAGCUGAAGAACGAGCUGGGUAGCGGGCUGGAAAAGCAGGACAAACCGUCCCAGGAGCCGGACGAAUCGAGCGUUGACAUCUCAUCCCCGCGCGACAACUCCCCUAUCUUUGGCGUGCUGCCGAAAGGAAGCGAUCGGGAAAAGCUGAUAACGAAGCAGAAAAAUUGGUUCGGCAAGGAGAUCGACCCGGCCGGCAAGGCCAGCAAAGAGUCAAAGGAUGCCCGGGGCAGCAGCAAGGGUGCGAGCAAAAACUCAAAACAUAAUGGCGCUGCGGCAGCGGCUGCAGCGGCGGCCGCAGCCGCUGCACUCCAGCAGUCCUCGCUGGCCAGCCUGAAGCAGUCCGACAAAGUGCCGCUCGUGCCGCUGUUCGUGGAGAAGUGUGUCAAAUUCAUCGAGCAGGAAGGGCUCGACUCGGAAGGCAUCUACCGGGUGCCAGGCAACCGCACGCACGUCGAUCUGCUGAACCAGAAGUUUGCUGAAGAAUCGGAUGUAGAUAUAGAAAAGCUGGACAUACCGGUGAAUGCGGUCGCCACCGCACUGAAGGACUUCUUCGUGAAGCGUCUCAAGGGACUGUUCAGUGCGGAAAUGAUGAGCGAGCUGGAGGAAAUAGCCGGCUCCCGGCCGCUCCAGUCCAUCACGAGCCUUAACAUGGAGGUGAAAACGGAUCGGAGCUGCCGGCUGAUCGCACUCCGCGGGCUGCUAAACAAGCUGCCGCCAAACAACUUUGCAAUACUGAGCUACAUCUUUCAGCAUUUUGUACGUGUAUCGGAAAACUCGAAGCUCAACAGCAUGGACAGCAAAAAUUUGGCCAUCUGCUGGUGGCCGACACUGCUGCCGAUCGAGUUUACCGACAUGAUGCGGUUCGAAACGAUGCGCCCGUACUUGGAGGACAUCGUGCAGACGAUGAUCGAUCAGUAUCCGUUCCUGUUCUGCGGCGAGGAAGCGUUCGUGAUGGUCUGAUGCGAGUAAGACCAGCCCGCCAGCACCGUGUCAGCCGUGUCGGGAGGCGGGCAGAACGCUCGUAUUUAGAUGUUGUGUAGAGUUUGCGCCUGACGGCGUGCCUCCCCCCGAUUGCUGAUGAAGGGGAGGAUGAGCGCAGUUUUGAGUGUUGGCUUCCAACUCACAAGAGGGAAACUCACGCGUACACACAGUAUUUGAGAAUGAGGGGGAGGAAAACAAAAGUCCGAAAGGACAAGUCAAUAUUGUAACUGAAAAAAUACCCACACAUACACACACACACACACACACACACACACAUGCAGACAGACGUACACACCAACACAUACUUAAAGCAUCAUAGGCUAGUUGAGGAAAUGUGCUAAACACCAAUCACUUGCAUUGCUGCAACUCAUAGGAAAAAAAAACAAAGCACGCGAAGGGUUCAGUCGUGUACCCAACGCGUUGAAUGAUACAUGUUAGGGCAAAUGAAUCGGAAAGGAAGCGAGAGAAGAAAGCAACAAGCUACCCAUAUACUCAUACUCAUUGGUACAACCGCAUACAAUAUUUUAAACCAUACUCGUAUCAAUGUGUAACGAAACCAAUGUCCAUGCGAUAAUGAUGGAUGCAUUUAGCAAAAGGAAAGCGAACGGAAGACAGCAUGCAAGCAACAGAGAGAAGAAAAAAACGCAAGCAAACAAUGAUUGUUGUACAUCUUUAAGAACCUUUCCUUCGAGACGCUGUUAGGAAGAAGAGGAAGGAAAAAAAACGAAGAGCAAAAAGCAACACUGAAACUAAACCCUCCGCUGCCGAAACGUUAAACGAUAAUAGGUUAUUUUUUGUCCCGCCCCGUAGAAAGGAGAGGUGCCGUAGUAGCACGUUUUUAGUUUAUUUUUUUAUUCUGUAUACAAAGCUUUAUCGGUCCCCCACGUACAGACAAAAAACACACGCUCACAUACACACACAAACUACUCACAAAAUACUCCGUCGUUCAACCAAUGAUAUUUACCUAUUUAUAUAUUUACCGUGCAACACAAUAACCGAGGCUGAAAGAUUUUAUUAUACCUGUAAUGAUCUGUGUUUUACUUUGCAAUGUAAAAGAAACAAUAAGACGUAAGCGACCCAUUUGCCCAACAACAGUACAGUUACAUCGCAAACCGAGAACAUCCACCACUUUGCAUUUAGGGUUCGUUUGGCGCGCUGUCAAACUGUAAAGGCAAAAUUUGAUUUUUUUAGCUUUUAUUUAUACCAUCUCCUUCCCCUUCCCGAAGUUUCCAGCUAAGAAUCUAUGUGAAUGCUAAGUCGUGAAAUAUUCAAUAAUCGUGCAGACCCGUUUUGGAAGGAGACAAAAAGUGUAAGAGCGAAAGAGAAACCGUGGUAGCGCAUCUGCAGCAAAGGUACAGUUAGUUAGGCGUAGAAAUUAAAAUGCACACACAUGCAUGAUACUAGUGCACACUCAUCGUUAGAAACCCUCCCCACUGACACAGACACACAUAUUUAUAUGUAUACAUAUAUACACAUACAUACAGACACACACACAUAAACGAAAAGAAAAACAUAAUGCUUAUGCGAGUUAAUGUGCAGUGUUGUUGCGAUUUAGUUGUUUGUACACACAGUUUUACUUUUGUGUGGUGGUUGAUGUUCGCUAAACGAUUUGCUUUACAAAAUCAAAACACACACACACACACACAUACACAAUCGAUGGGUCAAUUUUUGAAGCGACACAAACAUGUACUUGCUUAAUGUGAAACCUCCUUGCUCGCUAGUGUUACGCACUUAGUAUAGGGUUUAGUUUAGUAUAGUUUGAGCAAACGCGCUCCCCAAAAUGAAACAAAUUCUAAGACGUUACACAUGCACAUACACACACACACACAAGCAGAUUUCGUAAUAGACUCUUUGUUACAUUCCUCCUUCGCCACUAAUCGACAUGCGUGUGUGUGUGUGUGUGUGUAUGUGUGCGUAUGUGUGUGUUUGUGUAUGUGUGUGUGCGUGCAUGAGGAAGAAAAUCGCUUAAAGUAAAAAGAAGAAAAAAAAAACGAAAAAAACGAUAACAUAUUUUUGUAUGUAUUAGCUCUGUUGCAAAAUGGGUGGCCUAGGGUAAGAGGUGGUGUGUUAGGGAUAUGUAAUACAGCGAGAAAAGGAGAACGAAAAGGAAGGAGAAAAACAAAACGCUUCAAUGAUUUCAUCGGUCACUUCGCUCUGCGCUAUUCGACGGCUUGUUGUCCCAAUCUGUUUGUGAGAUGUUGUGGAAAAGAGGCAUUCAAAUUCGUAUUCACACACACACACACACACACACACACACACACACACACACACACACACACACACACACACAAAUACAUUCGUACACAAAAUCAUCAUUUAGGCGUAUGCAAAUUAAGUAUUGGAACUUUGUUCAUUUUACCAAAAGCAAAACAACCCUGAAUGCAAAUCGCGAAAGCAACACGUGACAAAACCGCUAACCCGAAUGAAAACCAUCGAGAUGUAUACAUGCCAUAAUGAUUUUACGGGGCUCGCCUGUUUGCUUCAUCGCAGGCGUGGAAUGUUCGACAUUCGAUUUUGGAGAUGCACAGCCCACUACAAACUACCAUUUAAGCAGUCGUAAAGUUAAAGAGAAGCAAACAAAAAAAGCAAAACAAAAACCUCCCUACCGAAGUUGAUACACACACGAACAAGUUCAGUAUUUUCUACCCUUACAAGAUAAUACUCACUUCCCCCUUCCUUGCCCAGUGUGCGCCUCCCGCCACGGCGGUACUACACGAAUCUAUAGUUACGCUACGUGCGGUCCGUUCUACUAGUAUUAAGCAAGUCGCGGACACGGCAGUGUCAUAAAACAGUGAGAUCUAGAGCGGACGAGAGAGCGAAACAACACAGAAAACGAAAACAGUAAAUUAAGAAAACCGUAUGAACUCUACGUUAAGCAAGUCGGAGCUAGAAGCUGUAAACGAAUCUGAAAAAUGAGUAAUUUUCCAAAACGCUAAAACUGAUCCGAGCAGUAGACGCGUUCAAGAAAAAUAGAUUUUUUUUGCAGCAGAGAGAGAGAGAUAGAGAGAGAGAGAUAGAGAGAGAGAGAGAGAGAGAGAGAGAGAGAGAGAGAGAGAGAGAGAGAGAGAGAGAGAGAGAGAGAGAGAAUACUCACUAGAAGGAAAGAAGGUGAUUCCCGUGAUUAUAACUUUAUGUUUGUGUGUGUAUGUGCGUGCGUGUGUGUAUGUGUGUGCGUGCGUGUGUGUAUAAAAAUCUCGCUCCCCCCCCCCUCCCCUCCCAGGCAACCGUCGUCGUUCCGUGUUAGUAAGUGUAAUUGAAUUCUCUGGUGUAGGAUUAUGUUCCUCGUGCAACAAACAAAACAACAAAAACAAAACAAAAAAAAACGAUUCCAUUGAUAAUAAAAUGCUUGAUGUGUUUUUUGCGCAGCAUAGGAAGCAGAUUGGUAGGUGUGUAUGUGUGUGUGCCGUGCGAGGAGCGGGUAAUGCGCUACGUAGGAAGGGAACGCGCUGGCGGGCAAAGCAUAGCUUAAGCACAAGAGUACAGCAGUAUCUUUACAGUUUUUCGACAACAAAAAUCGCAUUACAGAUAGAGGAAAACAAAAACGGGACGGAAACGAAACGAAAUGGACACGGUGGAAAGAGUGAGAAAGUGGCAAGUGUGGAUGGGGAGGAAAGCGAAAGCGGAAUAAUGUAACCGUUCUAUUGCAAUUGAAAACCGACCUGUAAACAAUUAUGUGGUGAUAUAAACGUAAUUAUAAAUGGAUAUAUUAGGUAUACAUGAGGAUAUAUGUUUUGGUUUUAAACAAGCAAGCGAAGUAGAGUGGGGAGCAGAGUACAGUCAGGCUAAGAAUUGUGUGUUUAAGAGUGUGUAGCCGGAAUGCAGCUGCAGGAAUGAUGCUACUAUGCAAAAGUAAAAAAAAAAUAAGCAAACAAAUACAGAACGAACAACCAACAGCCGUACUAGCCUAUGCCUGCAUGUGCAUGAAAAUGAUGGAAAACCCCCCCAUUUCACACGCGAAGGGCGAUGAUAAUGGCAACAUGAUGAUAGCAACACAAAACAUAAUGCACGCACUUCCAAUACAGAAACCCGCCUCACCUGUUCGUGUCGUUAACAUUUAGCCAGUCUUAGUCAUACACACACAUACACAUACACACACAGAUACACGUGAAUUACGGCAAUUUAAGCAGUGCAAAAUGGGCUAAAUUAACCCAACACUGCAUACAAUCUAGCUUUCCCGCGUACGACGCCAACGGAGAUGUUGAAUGUAUAUGUCCCUUUUUAAACACUUUGACGGUCUACGUGGCGCUACACAAAGCUGACUGGGCUUGGGGGUACGCUGCAUCACAGGAGCAUAGAAAAGACAUUGAAGCCCGAUAUACACACACACACACACACACACACACACACACACACACACACACACGAUUAUCCAAUCUAUGGAGUAACCUGCUGUUACGAAACAGCCUAUUGAAGGUGUGUGUGCGGGUGUGCGUGAUCGUAAAUGAAAGAACAAAACAAAACUACCGGAAGAACAAAAGCCAGCAGAAGAGUAUUUUUAACAGAAGUGAAAACAAAAAACGUUUGUGCCAUGCUUGUAAAAGUGGAAAAGAAGAAAAGAAAGAAAAAGAGCGGAUUGAUACGCUUGGAGAGCAACAUCAUCCCAGGGAAAGAAAAGGCGAAGAGAUGAGAAACAAAAAAAGAACACACAAAAACAAUACAACAUGUGCAAGCGCAUCAGCAGCUAUAAUAUUGUAAACGCGCCAUUGAUGCGAACGUGAUCGACUGUUUAGAUAAGUUAAAUGUAACUCACACACAUACACACAUAUACACACAAACACACACACACACAGACGCAUGCGAGCGCUCGCGGAUCGGCGGAUCGAUGUCCCAGGUAGUAAAUGUUUAUUAUUUUAAACGCUUUAAAAAAGGGGAAACACACUCAAAAAUACUCACAGAAAUACACACACAUACUCACACCAGUCUCUGUCUCGAAGCAGGUGAAAAGACGACAAAAAGCAACAGAUAAAGCGCAGUAAAAGCACGAUCCAAAAACAAACAAACAAACAAACACGUACACAUAUGGCAAACCCUCCCCACUUACAAAUAGAAAACCGCAGAAAACCGAAAACAAGAAAGAGCAGGAGAGAGAGAGAGAGAAAGAGAUGGGAG